CGGGCGCGGGGGGGGGCGGCCGGAAGUGGCGGUGGGUCAUUGUGGGAAGCGAGGGAGAGGCAAGAUGGCGGGCAGCAAGCGGUUGAUGAAGGAACUUGAAGAAAUCCGCAAGACUAGAAUGAAGAAUUUUCGUAAUAUCCUAGUGGAUGAAACAAAUGUAUUCUAUUGGCAAGGACUUAUUGUUCCUGAUAACCCUCCAUAUGACAAAGGGGCGUUCAGGAUCGAAAUAAGCUUUCCAUCAGAAUAUCCUUUCAAACCACCUAAAAUUACAUUCAAGACAAAGAUCUAUCAUCCCAACAUUGAUGAAAAAGGCCAAGUUUGUCUCCCAGUCAUUAGUGCUGAGAACUGGAAACCAGCAACCAAAGCUGACCAAGUUAUCCAGUCACUCAUUGCACUUGUGAAUGACCCGCAGCCCGAGCACCCUCUAAGAGCCGACCUAGCUGAAGAAUACUCUAAGGACCGUAAAAAAUUCUUUAAGAACGCUGAAGAAUUUACUAAGAAAUAUGGAGAAAAGCGACCAAUGGACUAAGACUUGUGUCACGCGCUGCCUCUCUGACAGCAGAUUGCGGGCAGUACAUUUCAAACACCAUCCAGCAGGACUCUGAUGAACACAUACAAGCGUCACCUUGGUGCUCACUUGUGGCUGUUACUAACUUUCUACAGUUUUCAUAUAAUCAGAAACGGUUUAGAUAAUGACUGUUCAGAUGGGAUUAAAACUUUAAAUAAGACAGUCUAGUUCUGCUUUCUAGUUUAAAAAAAACACAAAAUCACUGCUUAGUAAACAGCUCUUCUCCCUCACAAUUCCACACGUUCCUUAUAACAGAUGGUAUUCUAUUCUUCAGCUUCAGGUUCGUUUUUUUUUGUUCUUGUUCUUGUUUUGUUCCUCUCAACUCCACGCCUCCGUUUAUCCCCCUCUGCUAUAUUCCUCCAUUAAAUAACUCUUCCCCCCCCCCCCCCCGAACCAAUAUCUUUAGCGGGUACAAAAAAAAAAUGACACACAAAAAAGCCCUGAAGGAGAUGAGUGAAUGUUAAAAGCAAAACUGUUUACUUCACGUUGCUUUUGUGCGAAACUCAGUUGCAAGUGGACCUGCCCUGCAAUGUGCUCAGAACAUGGGCAGGGCGGGAUGCUAAUGUAGUUCGAGAGAAUAAAUUCAACUUGUUUCCAUAUAAUUUAACUCGUGUUACAAUACGAUUCAUAAAAUAGGAUGCCCACGGAUUUGCUUGCGAUUAAACGUAAAAGCAUUUUACGGAUUCAUUUCUCUCUUUUUUUGUUUUAAAGUGUUUUUCUUAUUCCCCUUUCCACGCUUACGCCCUGAGUUAACUGACCAAUGGAGGAGGUGUAGGCAUUAAAAACACCUUGAGGGCCACACGUCACCCGGCACAUAGGCAUUGCUGCACCGUUGCUCACACUUCCUUGCACACUCGCCAUCUGUGCAAAAGCACUUUGUGUGCGUCGCACGCAUAAACCAGUAGCAAGUUUGUUUGGAGCCGCUCGUGGUCAGUAUUAAUAACACCAAGAGUCGAAGCCUAGCGAUAGGAAUGUAAGAUCAGUGCAGUGGCUGCACGAGCCAAUCGACCCAGCCUCUACCUUCCUUCCGGCCACCUCUUCCCACCUCUGUGCCGUCGAACUCGCCCCCAUUUUUGGUUUGUUUUGCUCGGUGAACAAGAUUCGACAGCCUCUCUGUACUCCUGUGGAUUAGAUCCUGCUCAAAACUGCUUCACUAGUUUAGGUACGGUGUUGCCUAACCAGAAAAGAAAAAAUAAUAAUAUUAGCAUUCGUAGAGAUGGUCGAAAUCUCUCUCUUUUUUUUCUCUUUCUCCUUCUUUUAAAAGCCUCGCGAUCCAACAUGGCUCAGUUUGGGGGAGAGGCGGGGAAAUUUGCGAAAAGACUGGGGAGUUGUGAGGCCAAAUCGCCACGCUCCCUUUUACGCUCAAUCCAAUCGGCUAAAGAAAAGUGUUCCGAGUUUAGUUCAUUCAGUUGAGGGGUUAAAAAAAUAAAAGUAUUUGACAUCAUAGCAUUGUUAUACGAGUAAAGAUUUGGGAUGUCUAAUUUCAGGGCCUUGUCACACUUAAAACAUGAAGUAUUCCAAUCAUUUAAGAAAGGAGAUGAGAAUUGUCUAUUUCUAUCCAGCCUUAGACAAUAUACUGACUCCUGGCAAAACUACAGCGGCUCAAGUUAAUCCCCGGUUACGCCAGUGUUUGGCAAGGCAAGCCUUCUCCUGAUCAUUCAUUAUCCUUGUAUCUUAAACAAAUUUCCAUCUUUUACUCUAGGAAGGAAUAGAAAAUAGAAUGGAAUUUGAGCGUUACGGUAAAGGUAUUUUGGAAGCAUGUUCACGAGGCUGAAAUAUCGGUUGAUGAAGGUUAGCCAAAGUACAUCAUCUGGGCUUUAUUUGAACCAUUUGUGGAUAACUAGCUCUGAAAUUGUAUCCUAUUUUGACUCGUGUACAUUUUAACACUGUUAACCUGCAGGUACUGUCUGUAAAAUGGGAACAGCAACCCUUUAAACUUAAGUACCCCAAAUCAUUUUUUUAAGCAGCCAACAUUAAAAUUAGUCUGGAUAAAGCGUAAUUGUCUCAACUGGGUUUGUAUAGAAAAUUGUGAAUGAACCUGGAUUUGAGAAACUUCUGGGCACUUUGGGAUUCAAAUAAAACCAUGCAGUGCA